AUGUCGGAUUUCGAGUCUGAUCUCGCAUCGGACCCAGGUCCUGAUCCCUUCUCCUCGCCGGCGGCUAUUCCAGCUUCUUCGGACGGCGUCCGUCGGAGCUCUCGCCUGGCUACUCUACAGAGUCCAUGCCCGGGCGGCGCGGCGUCGGACGGGCUCAUUCUGCAGCUCCGGAAUCGCGGAAUCGUGGCGGCUUCAGGGUUACCUUCUCCGGACCUCCGUGAGCUGGCUGCCCAGGCGGGCAGCAUUUCUCCGGUUCCCUCGCCUCCUGCUCCAGCGGCGGUUCGAGGUCGGAAGCGGUCGGCGAAGGCGAUCGCCCUUCCCCGUGCCCCACCGAAGAAGCGCGGAGCGGCCCCUCUCAGCCAGGCGGCUGUUGCGGGCGUGCCAAGUGGGUCAUUUGACACAAGUCUUAUCCUCGCUUCCCUUCAAUCCCUGGCCGGCUCUCUUCAGUCCAUGGACGCGAGGUUGCAGUCCAUCGAAGCUUCGCCCGCUUUCAUCAGGUCCACGACCGCCACCACCGCUGUGGCUUCGUUGUCUCUGCCGGCGCACGGGUUUCCUCUGCCUGAGUUUUCCCUGGCCACCUCUGCUCCGGCGCCUUUUUUAGGUAGGCCAUAUAUUCCCGCUGCUGCUAAUAUCUCUGCCCACUUGCGGGCGAAAAUCUUGCAGGGAAAGGACGUGAAUCUGGUGAGCCUUAUUCUGCCUUCCCCCGAAUGCGAGAGGGAUGUGGUGUCCGGGGAUGGGUUCUCCGCGGUGUUCAAGUCCGCGGACCCCAGGCUGUGCAAAGAACUGUCCAUAGGGCAGUUCUUGGUGGCGUUCGGGUUGUUUCGGGAGGUUAUCUGCUCCGUGUACCCGGACCGGAGGGCUGAACUGGAUUCUUAUCUGGCGCUGAUCGGGGACCUUAACCUGAAGUAUGGGAGGAAUAUUUUCUUCCAUUACCAUAAGGCAUUCUCCAGUAAGGCUGCGUUGCAUCUCGCUAGGUCUAACGUCCGGGUGGACUGGUCGGUGGUGGAUCUCGAGCUCCUCGUGAUGCUCGUGGGCGGCGCGCAGGUCAUUGCUUGCUCCGCUUGCGGCGCUCAGGGCCACAUGGCCGCCCUGUGCCCCGUGGCGGCGUUUCGCCUGGGCCCAGGUGCCGCCUCUCUGCCCCCUCUCCGUGGUUCCCCGCCCGGCGGCCCCUCCCGCAGACGUCAGGUUCCGCAGAAUUACAAUCCUCCACUCCCACUUAAUGAAGGGGGAUCGUCCCUUGUCCAAAGGGUGGUUUAGGCAACAUCUGGAGACAGUUCUCCUCAAAUCUGGUCUUCGCCGCAGCAUUAUUCAGGGCAUUCAUUCAGGAUAGGG